UUACUUCGUGACGCAGAACAACGCUCCGCCUUGAACUGAGCAACGGCGACUGAAUCCGAGAUGAGAGAGCAAGGGGUCGCUGAGGCGAACUGAGAUUGAGCGCUUUCUUUCGUCAUACAGGAGGCAAUUUAGGCGAACAUUUGGUCUAUAGCUAGUUACAUGCUGCCCUUUGGGAUCACCAACAUGCAGGCAUACAAAACUUUAAUUUAUCCAGCAUGAGACAACAAAAGUGACUGCAUAGCUAAUUAGCUAGGGACAGAGCUAGCAAACAGGCAAACUGGACAACGCUACCGAGCGCAAGCUAUCAAAGCAUCCUCUUGUUUUGUUUCUGCACGCUCGAUUUUAUUUUCAUUCGGCGAAUGCGGUAUGACUAACAACCCGGCAGUUUGAUGGGGCUCCUAAGGAUUAUGAUGCCGCCCAAGUUUCAGCUUCUGGCGAUGUUGGCGUUUGGAGUGGCCAUGCUCUUCUUAGAAAACCAAAUCCAGAAACUGGAGGAGUCUCGGGGAAAGCUAGAGCGGGCAAUCGCCAAGCACGAGGUACGGGAGAUCGAGGAGAGACACUCCAUGGACAACAGCAGGAACCUGGAGCUGGAUGAGAGUGACGAUGUGGUCAUCAUCUACAACCGUGUGCCCAAAACCGCCAGUACCUCCUUCACUAACAUUGCCUACGACCUGUGCAGCAAGAACAAGUACCACGUCCUGCACAUCAACACCACCAAGAACAAUCCUGUCAUGUCCCUGCAGGACCAGGUGCGCUUUGUGAGGAACGUCACGUCCUGGAGGGAGAUGAAGCCCGGGUUCUACCACGGUCACGUAGCCUUCCUGGACUUCACAAAGUUUGGGGUGAAGAGAAAGCCUAUCUACAUAAAUGUUGUCCGUGACCCAAUCGAGCGCCUCGUCUCCUACUACUACUUCCUGCGUUUUGGUGACGACUACAGGCCCGGGCUGAGGAGGAGGAGGCAGGGAGACAAGAAGACCUUCGAUGAGUGCGUGUCAGCAGCCGGCUCAGACUGUGCUGCAGAGAAACUCUGGCUGCAGAUCCCUUUUUUCUGCGGUCACUGUUCCGAAUGCUGGAAUGUGGGGAGCAGAUGGGCACUGGAGCAGGCCAAGUACAACCUGGUGAACGAAUACUUUCUAGUGGGUGUGACCGAGGAGCUGGAGGACUUCAUCAUGAUGCUGGAGGCCGCUCUGCCUCGCUACUUCAGGGGUGCCACCGUACAGUACCGUACAGGAAAGAAAUCCCAUCUGAGGAAGACGAGCGAAAAGAAACCACCCACCAAGGAGUCCAUUGCCAAGCUGCAGCAGUCCGACAUCUGGAAGAUGGAGAACGAGUUCUAUGAGUUUGCACUGGAGCAGUUCCAGUUUGUCCGCGCUCAUGCUGUACGGGAAAAAGACGGGGAGCUCUAUAUCUUGGCACAGAACUUCUUUUAUGAGAAGAUCUACCCUAAAAUGAACUAAAUGGGGGAACCGAUGAUACGGUUGUGAAAAGGCUGUGAACUUUGUCUUCAUACUAUUGUCGCAGGGGGAAGGAAGAAGACAUAAAAUAUUAUGUCAAAGGGCUGACUACAUGGGGGCUGCGACUGCGUGAGGGACUUGUAACCAGACUGGUAACCAGCACCCAAGCCCUUUCCAACACAAUACUGGUUUUAUUUGCUUCCAUUUCUGCAGUAUUCCUGUGAAGGAGGCCACUGUGGAAUACUUUUGAGUAAGAGUGGAAGGUACUGUUUACAGAGGUCCAGUUCAUCAAGUUACUUCAUCCUGGAUCUGCACUGUGACUGUCUACUCUUUCACUUCUUGAACUCCUGGCAAUGGGGUGUUCCAAGAACACACAGCAAGCACUGCUAAAUGGCAGUGUCUCAUACUCACUGUUGUCCUUUUCUUUAACACUUUCUUCAUAUUCAUUUUCAUAGCAAAGGGUUUUCUUUUCUGGUUUUAUAAUUCAUUUAUAUUAAUUCAUUUUAUAAUUAGUGGCGGCACGGAUGGCGCAGUGGGUAGCACUGCCGCCUCACAGCAAGGAGGUCCUGGGUUCGAAUCCCCGUCGGCCGGGGCCUCUCUGUGCGGAGUUUGCAUGGUCUCCCUGUGUCUGCGUGGGUUUCCUCCGGGUACUCCGGUUUCCUCCCACAGUCCAAAGACAUGCAGGUUAGGCUGAUUGGAGAGUCUAAAUUGCCCGUAGGUAUGAGUGUGUGAGUGAAUGGUGUGUGUGCCCUGCGAUGGACUGGCGACCUGUCCAGGGUGUAUUCCUGCCUUUCGCCCAAUGUAUGCUGGGAUAGGCUCCAGCCCCCCUGCGACCCUGUUCAGGAUAAGCGGGUUCAGAUAAUGGAUGGAUGGAUGGAUUUUAUAAUUACUUUUUUUUUUUAAUUUUAUAGGGAUGUUUUUUUCAAAAAGGAUGCUUUGGUGACAAGCAAUUUUAUCACCUCAAAUACAAACACAAAAUGAUGCGUCCAAAAGCCUUUUCAUGAUAAUUAUGACUACUAUUAUACUGCAGGAGGACAAUCCUCAUAAAAACUUGUUGAUCGGGCGAGAGCCUGUCAACAGGAAGUGACCUCAUGCUGUUUGAAGUCAUCAUCCUACAAUAUGUUAUAGGGCCGAGCUGUUCACACAUGGCUAUAUGGAUAGCACGUCCUCGUUUUGCUAACAGCUGUGGUGUCCUACUGUUAUCAGACUUUCAGAAUCUGCAUCUUGUAUACUUUUACCUGUAGAAAUAUUUUUUUACUAGGGUGCUUUAUAAAGUGUUUACAGGUAUCAGUGAAUGAAAGGAGAGCCAGAACUGAAUUGAUUUGGCUGCUGUAAAUAGUGCGUCUUUUGGACCAAACAGCUGGACUAAACCUAAAAAGAACUUGUGGAUUUGGUCCCAACUGCAGCUGUUACAUUACUCAAGGCAAUGUGCGGAUUGCAUUUAAGACAUUUGUAUCAUACAAUGAAACAAUGCAAAAGCUACAGAUACACUCACCUUUUUAAUGAUUAUCAAAGCUUGUUUCAUACAAGCAAUUGAAGUCCCAUAAAAAUGCUGUGUACCACUGUGUUAAAACAAUAUUUUAUUAGAAAUAUAUAUACAGUUUACUUGUUAACAUUUUUAUUUGAAAGACUUACAAGUUAACAUAAGAAAUUGUUCAUACCAUUCAGUAAGUUGUGUUAUGAAGUGCAUUAAUACUUGUGGGCGUCUUUCUUGAUUUCAGGUCUUUUUAAAUUUAUUUUUAUCUGUUUAAGUUCUGUGAUGUCUUAAUCAGAGAAGGGCAGAGGAAUGCUGUCUUCACAUCUCACUCCAUACUAGUGCUAAAAUUGAGUUUUCAGCCAUGAGGCAGGAGAAUAACGCUGGUCAGUUGACUAGGUUACACAGAAACAGUCAACACAUCACUGGCAAAACGGACCCAGCUGCAUAAACGUAAGGGUUGUGGCCCCACAUAUUGCAUCACCUCGAGUGCUUCUUAGUGUUUUCACACACGAUUAUGCUCUGUACUGAGGAGACAAAAGAGGACAAACUCGAUAGUGCCUUCAUUACAAAUCUUUGGUGAGAAACCCAGACCACCCAGCCAUUGCAACCAAAUCCAUUUGAAUAUUUAUGCUUGUUCUUUAGUCAUCAAUUUCAUCCAUUGAACUACCAGCUUCUUGUUUUGUAUUAUGUUUCAUAUUACUGGAAACCAUUUGAAAUAAAUGCCAAAUUCAAACAUA